AUGUCAGUCAAAAUUGCUCUACUUUGCUUACUGGUGGUGUGCCUCGCCAUCGAUAUGACCUCCGCUUGCGCUUGUCCACGCGUUUAUUGGCCUGUCUGCGGCUCGGAUGGCGUGACCUACUCCAAUUUGCAGUGUAUGAAAUGUCAGAAACCGAACUUAAGAGUCACCAAACUAGGACCCUGCAAAGUCGUGAACCCUACUGUCUGA